GUGACUGCUGUUGAACGCUUAAUAAACAAUCACGUUGGUUACCUUUGAACGAAGCAGCGAAGCUAAAACAUGGACGGCGAGAAACUUCAGGAUCAAACAAAUUCUAAGGUAGUAGGAAGCUCCCACGAAGCUCUUCCAUCAAGCAACGAUGAUACCAGCCAUUCUUCAAUAAGUGAACCUCAACCUACUGUUUCUUCACAAGAUGUGUCUACACAUGCUAUCUUCCAUCAGGAAGGAAGUGAUGUAACGUCAAGUUGUAAUACAACAAAUGAUCAACAACCUGUGACGAUAAACAACCCAGAAGAUGUUCAUUUUUACCAGCAAACUGACCAUUUUCACCAGCAAACACAUCAAGAGUUACAUCUUCAUCAGAAAACUCAACAUUUUCACCAGCAAACAAACGUGCUUCAAGUUCUCUACCCAACAGUGCAAAAUUUGAAUAUUGAACAACAACAACAACAUUUGCCGCUUCUUGUACAAAAUCAAGAGCAACAAUACAUAUCCCAACAACCGCAACCAAAUCUGCCACAAUACACAAACAGGCAACCAAUACCAUUCCAUGUACUUAACCCAGCACAGCAGCAUCGUCAACACAUUCACCGCCAACCAGGACCACAGACUCCCCAUGCUCAUACACUUGCUUUAGCUGGAAAACUUGAACAGAUAAUGAGAAAAAAAACUGUUCAAUUCUACGGAGAAAUCAUCUUGCCACCAGGAGUUUUAGUUCCAGGCUGUUCCAUUGAGCCUGUACCUCUUCAAUUGGCAACAGCUCGCCAAAUAGCAGAUAAUGAAUGGGAGCGAAAUAAGAAUCAACGACAAAAAUUGCAUCGAAUGUACAUACCACAAGGUUCCAUACAGAUUGAAGAUUUGUUUGAGGAGGCAAAACAAGUUGCGCAGCAAGAUGUCAGAUACAAGAAUCGGGAAGCUAAGUCAGAGUAUAUUAAAAAAUUCGGUAAUAUUGUUUCUGUGAUUGGAUUACCUGGGAUUGGCAAAAGCACGCUCACAAAGAUAAUUGCCAAAUGUAUUGUUAAAGAUAAAACAAUGAAACCAGAUACACAGUUUGUGUUUCCAAUUUCACUGAAGAACUUUAACCCUAAUGAAAAAAUUACUCUGUUGCAAUUCCUUCUACAUGACAACUUGAGUGAGUGGAAUCAUUCUGAUGAAGAAAACAAAGCUUUGGUUCAAUUCCUGUACAACAAUCGUAAUGUUGUUCUAUUGAUUGAUGGAUUGGAUGAACUGAAUAUAACUCAAGCUGGCAGAAGUUGUUACCAUUGCCAAUUAGAUAGCAAAGAAUAUCCAGAGGUCUUUGUCAAAAACUUGUUGAUGGGCAGGCUUCUACCUAAUGCUGCGAAAGUUAUCACAUCAAGACCAGGUCAGUUUUACGAGCUUCACCCUGAUUAUCGACAAGGUUUGGUUUCUGAGGUGCAUGGUAUGGAUAAACCUGCAAAAAAGAAUCUUACUAAACAAAUAUGUGGUGAAGCCAAUCUUGAAAAUGUUGAGAAAUUAUUGGCAGAGCGUCCAAACUUAGAUGCCCUUUGCUAUGUACCAGUCCAUUGUAUUCACAUUGUAGCUUGUCUCCAUUCAAGUGUGUCAUCGGGUCAUGAGAUCAAUUCAAUGACUCAGGUGUUCCUCUUUACUCUCACCAACUACAAAGCUUCGGAUCAUGUAAGAACAAGCAUGUCAGAACGAGAAGUUGGGCACGAACUGGUAAAACUUGCUCACCUUGCAUACAAAGGACUUGCUCAAAGAAAAUUGGUGUUUCAGCAAGCCGACUUUGAAGAAGUGGGAAUCAACGAACAAACUGUUGAUAUAUUUCUGCACACCUAUGUUGAAAAGUCCCAUCAUUUAAAAAUGAGAAUCUUGGAAGGAAAGAAACGAAGUUACUUCAUUCACCUUAUCUGGCAUGAGUUUUUCUCAGCAGGGCAUCUAUUGUUAUUCAUGUCAGAAGAAAGAUUCCGCAGAUGUAUGGACACUUUCAAACAUCCACAUUGGGAAGUCGUGACCCGAUUUAUGUUUGGUAUUUGUAACUCCACUUCAUACGAGGAUCUGAAAGUGAUUUUCCCAGCUUCGAUGAUUAAAGAUUAUAAGGAGAAAAAGGAGAUUCUCAUGUCUUUAAUUCCAGGUCAAUACCAGGUUCCCAAAAAUUAUGGCCGCUACCAAAUUGAAGAUAUGGUCAGAUAUGCAGGUUGGGUCCAUGAAGCAAACGAUGAAGAAAUAUCCAAAAGAUUUGAAGAGAGUUUGCCUAAGGUUAUACAUAUGCCAGUUCCUAGGUUUCUUACAGAAGUUUCUGAUGUUGUUUUUGCUUUGAACACAUUCACAACUCCUCAUUCUCUCAUUGUCAAUAUUUCUGAAACAGAUGGGUCAGCAGGGGAAUCUUUUCUUAGAGGAAUAUAUGGGAGUCAGGCAAAGAUCAAAGUGUUAGAUAUAAAGGCUGUAAAGAUAACAGACUCGUUCACACAAGCCCUUCUUCCUCAUCUUGAUGUGAUGGAUAAGCUUGACUUGGAUGAGUGGUGUCUUUCUAUACAGAAUCGUAUCAUCUUACAUGAAGCUAUUCAAGGACUAAAAAACCCAAAAAGUUUAAAAGUGAAUCGCAUCAAUGGUGAUCGAUGGUCAAAGUAUUGGUUUUUGCAUGAAGAUCAACCAGAUGAUGUAAUGCAAAUCUUACAACUUUCACCUGGAAAAAUUAAAAGAUUAGAUAUCCGAUCAUCAAGCAUGUCAGAUUCAACGACACAAGCCCUUCUUCCCCAUCUUGAUGUGAUGGAUAAGCUUGACUUGGAUGAGGAGAAACUUUCGACACAAAAUCGUAUCAUCUUACAUGAAGCUGUAAGACGACUAAUGAACCCAAAAGAUUUGAGAGUAAAUGACACCAAUGCUGAUCAAUGGUCGAAGGAUUGGAAGUGUUGGAGAUUGAAUGAGGAACUAACAGUGAGAGGUGCAAUGAAAAUACUUCAACUUUCCCCUGGAAAGAUCAAAAUACUACACAUGGCCAAUGUUAAAAUAACAGAUUCAAUGACACAAGCCCUUCUUCCUCAUCUUGAUGUUAUGAAUAAGCUUGACUUGGAUGAGCAGACACUUUCUGCACAAAAUCGUAUCAUCUUACAUGAAGCUGUUGAACGACUAACAAACCCACAAGGUUUGACAGUGAAUGACAUCAAUGGUGAUCGAUGGCCAAAGGAUUGGAAAAUGUAUUCUGAUCAACCAGAUGAUGAUGUAAUGCAAAUCUUACAACUUCCACCUGGAAAAAUCAAAAAAUUAAAUAUCUUGGAUGUGGAGAUGACAGAUUCAACGACACAAGCCCUUCUUCCUCAUCUUGAUGUGAUGGAUAAGCUUGACUUGGAUGAGAAGAAACUUUCUGCACAAAAUCUUAUCAUCUUACAUGAAGCUGUUGAACGACUAACAAACCCACAAGGUUUGACAGUAAAUGGCAUCAAAGGUGAUCGAUGGUCAAAGUAUUGGGAAGUGUAUGAAGAUCAACCAGAUGAUGAUGUAAUGCAAAUCUUGCAACUUCCACCUGGAAAAAUCAAAGAACUAAAUAACAAAAACGGGAAGAUGACAGAUUCAACGACACAAGCCCUUCUUCCUCAUCUUGAUGUGAUGGAUAAGCUUGACUUGGAUGAGGAGACACUUUCUGCACAAAAUCUUAUCAUCUUACAUGAAGCUGUUAAACGACUAACAAACCCACAAGGUUUAACAGUGAAUGGCAUCAGCGGUGAUCACUGGGAAAAGCAUUGGAAAGUGUAUGAAGAUCAACUAAAUGAUGAUGUUUUGCAAAUACUAAAGAUUCGAUCUGGAAAGAUCAAAGUACUAGAGAUCAAAGAUGUGUGGAUGACAGAUUCAAUGGUACAAGCCCUUCUUCCUCAUCUUGAUGUGAUGGAUGAGCUUGGUUUGGAAUCUAGGCCCAAUGACAUGAACCUGAACCUCUACAUGGAAGAUAUAUCCAGGAAAAUAAUGGAUCGCCAAAGCAAGAUUAUUAUACGUCUGGGUAUCCACUUGCUGGAAACCAUUGGUUCAAUGUCUUGGUAAAAUAUCGAAACUACAGCUUGACAUGGGAUACAUUUCAAAAGAAGAGCUUCAGUUAUUGGAAGAAGAGAUUCAACAACUUCCUUGCCCGCAGGACUUUACCUUGAAAGUAAUAGAUGUUCCCGAUGAAUAUAGUGAAGAUUCUUAUUUUCCGGGCCUCUAUUCUGAUGACGAUUAUUAUGAUAGUGAUAGCGAUUAUUAGAUUGAAUAUUAAAGUAGUUCAUUCGAAUUAAAACAAAUCUUUAUAUAUUGUUUGACAACAAAUGUUGUAUCUUAGUAGGCCAAAAAAUUGCCUACUUUAUAAGCACUUAUUAUACUAUAUUUAUAGUAUCAUUAUAGUGAGGCGUUUUGGGUGUCAUCUAUUCCAUUUUGUUUGUUGUCAACAUUGCAAUAAAAUAUGUUAAACACGG